GCACAGGUAAAACGUACCUGGGAGCCAGAGAAGAGGGGAGGGCUGUGGACUUACUUCGUAGCUUUCAGCUCCAGCAGGGCACAGUUAACAUUAAUAACUCUUUAUGUGUCUAACCCAGAUUCUGACAAGACAUAUUUGUUUAGGUUAUCAUUCUGAUGGCAGCGAGUGUAGGACUGGUCAUGAAUCCGCCGCAUACGACAGAAGAAAGGGCGGUUUUCACGCAGCUGAAGCCGGUGAGGAUGUCUGGAGCAGACAGCGCUGAGGACGCGUCCGUCUUUGAGGACGUCAAACCCGGGAUUCGACUAGAGUUGGACAAAUACCUCCCCCAGGGAAACAGUCCUGUCUUAAGUUCUUCGACCGACACCACUGACAAAAAGUACAGACGAGAGAGCGCCUCUGUAGUGGACGAGUACUUCUCAGAGGACAAACCUGCCACCCCUUACAGCCUCAACAUCAACGUCAUCCUGCCCAGCACCACUCACCUCCGCACAGGCCUCUACAGGCCCAACACCAAGACCCUCACACCCCAGCAGAUCAAGACAGAACCCGGGCUGGAGGUGCCCUGCUCCAUCCCUACCACCACCACCCAGGCGCUGCCAGACUUCACCUCCGUCUUCAGCGUGCCGCCUGUAGUCAACAAUGUUUUCAUCAAACCAGACAUGAGCUCUGGAGGAGUCGACGUGGCCGCGGGAUCUCAACAGCAACCAAAUUUGGACACAGAGCUUCACAUCGGACCCCCGCCCCCCAGCCAGCAGGUCUACCACAUGCCCCUCACCAGCUGCGCCGACCUCAACAUGACUCUGUCACACACCGGCCCGACGACACACGGCUCCCCGAACGGCAGGACCAUGCUGAACCUCGGAAGCGUUGCAUUGCCGACAAGCAACGGCAACUACAUGAUGGCAGAGCAACUUCCGCAGCAGCACGGUUACUACCAGGCCACUCCCAAUUCAUCCCAGCACACAGCGCCACACAGCCUGCCGCCCUCGCCCCCAAACUCCCAGCCAGGGAGCCCAGACGGCCAGGCUGAGCUGCUCAGCUUAGCAUCCCAACCUCCGCCUCCGUACCAGCAGCGUCUGGGAGGGAUUAAAGUGACAGGCCUGUCCCCUCAUGCCAUGCUGAUGACACAUGGUCAGGGCGUCCUGACGGGUCCCAAAUACAACAGACGGAACAACCCAGAGCUGGAGAAGAGGAGGAUUCACUUCUGUGACUAUGCAGGCUGCACCAAAGUUUACACAAAGAGCUCUCAUCUGAAGGCACACCAAAGGACACACACAGGUGAGAAGCCGUACCGUUGUACAUGGGAGAACUGCGACUGGCGUUUCGCCCGAUCAGAUGAGCUCACCAGACACUACCGGAAACACACCGGGGCCAAACCCUUCAAGUGCAUCGCCUGCAGCCGCUGCUUCUCGCGCUCCGACCACCUGGCCCUGCACAUGAAGCGCCACCAGAAUUAGCACAGACAUUACUGUACAUAUAUACACACAUUCAGUCACACAAAAAGUAGUAUCCAGUAUCCAAACAUGACAGCCACCUGAACCGAUACAGAACCCAAAAUCAUCUCUGUGUUCGUCUAACAUGAGUUGAGUGAUAGCAGGCAUCUAGCAGAAAAAUAACCACUGCUGACACAGGUAGUUGUUUUGACAGGUGGGAAGCCAGUGAGGGAUCACAUCCUCUCUGCUGCACCUACGUACUGGUCAGAGUUGUAGUUCGUUUGAUGGAUGGAUCUGAGGGAGGGAGAGUGAGCUCUCCUAACACUUUAUGAUCUCCUGGUGAAAUUCCUCCCUGAAGCAGCACGUAGGUGUAUCAGAGGAGGCACCUGGUGCUUUACACCGUCUGAUCUCAAGAUUAACACAUUAGCAGACAUUUCAGGUGAACUGCUCUUGUAUUAAUUAGCUGCUCUUUGACCUUUUAUGGAAACAGGGAAAGCAAGUCCAGGUAUUUGUGAACAUAACUGCCAAGCACGGCUGUAUAGCAUGCAAAACUUUGUGCUAUUUAGCUUUAGAGCUACUCCAGGUUCUUAUUUUCUCCUUUCUGAGAUAAAGCUGAUCACCUGCUAUCAGUCAACAUGAUGUUUGUUGAGGUGUUAACACCAGAGCUAAUGAUCUACCAGGGACUCAGAGAUGGUUUUGGUGUUCUCCUGUCUGAACAGUUCAGGUGUGUUGAUUGAUGAACAUUCACACACACUUAACAUUAGAACUGUGUGUUAGGCUCCAAUGAUGGAUUUGGGACUCUGCCUCAUUACAUCCUGGACACACUUUCUUCUUCUUUACAACAACAAAAUGAACUGUUUUUCUCCCACAACUCUGCUGCCAACUUUUGUCAUUUUGAGGUACGAACUUUCAAGGAGAGGUGGACACUUGUGUAAAUAUUUGUUAAUAUGUGUGGAUAUGUGUGUUUGAGAAUACAACGAAUGUAUUGAGAUUUAUACUUGACAUCUUUUCUUCUUUUCUUUUUUUUUUUACAUUGAAUGUUAAUAUGAGUAAUAUUCCACGUUGAAACUUCCUCCCUUUAAGAGUAAACAAAUAAUCAACAGACGCAAUCAGAGAACUCUCCAUGGAAAAGUUAAUAAUCGCCUUGCUAUGCCUGUUUCAGCACAAGUAAUACCUGUCGAGCUCAGAGCGUGGAGCGAUUUGCCAAUGUUUGUAUCCAUGACUUUACCUGUUGCCAGGGUGACCAACCUUCUUUGAUGACGGUUUGCGGUUAGCUUACAGUUUCUAUUCAGCACUGUUUUUAUCCCCCCUUUUUUCCUGCCUCUCCUCAUAUUUGUUCAACACUUCAACUCAAGAAAGGCAGAAAUGGUUGUACAGACCUCUUAUGUAAUCACUCCUUAUUGUUCUGAUGUAGUGUAGACUCACGGGUCAUGGAGUCAGUCCUGUUAACCGGAUGAACAUCAGGUUAACGUUCACUUGAUUACAUGACAUUAAUUGUCAGUUGUGGCGUCUUCCAGCUCGGAAUGCCCGCACAUUUUUGUGCAGUGGUGUAAAUGUUAUGCUUGCAGGCAACGGGAAUAACAAGAGGAAAAAAAAUAUGUUGCCCAGUACAAAUCAAAAGUUUGAUUCCAUGACCUGAAACUGUCAUGAUUAGGUUUUGCCGAGGAUUGGAUUGAGAAUUUGACAAAUCUGUAUUUUUUUUACUGACUGAAUAAUCAACUUUGUAUUUUAUAUGAAAUUUGUUCUCCCUGAGCAUCACCAGCCACCUUCUCUCUUUUGGAAACACUAGUGCAAAAAGCAGGCAGUGAUACUCCUGUGUUACCAGUGACAGCUUUGAAACAUGAGCACAUGAUUCUGUUUAUCCUUUCCUUGUGGUAUAGUGUAUCAGACUGUAACAGCACAUCCUUUAUUGCAACUACGACAUCAUUCGCUCAUCCAGUUUUUGAACAAAAUUAAAGCUACAAACAGCAAACCAGUGCAAACAUGACGCUCCUGGUAGCUGUCAAAAUAAUUCAAUUCAAUUUAGUUACAUUUUUACGUCUUCCAAUUGAUUGGUCUCCACCAAUCAGAGGUAGUGAAAUACAUGAUCAUCAUGGCAGUGAAUUAUGUUUUCACCUGUUUUCGCGACAGACUGUUUUCUUCUGCCUUCUCUUUUCUAGCACUUAACGGCGAGUCAGAAUAUUAAAAUUAUGUGUUGUCCCCAUGCAUAAAGAGCGCCAUUUCUCCACAAGGAUAUGUUUAAUUAUUGUGAGACUAGCUCUACACCUACUGAUCUGUGCCACCUACAGGAAAGGAAAAUAACAGCAGCAGUAUUUGUGAUAUAAAAUUUAAAAUGCACUUGCAUAAUCACAAACUCCAUCUAUAAAAGGAGGAGAAACUGCAUUUUUAAUGCUCUUUUCCUAUAGGCAGCACAAUAGUUUGAAAUUUGAAGCAGCCUGCUAUUUUCCAUGCCACCACUUUCCUUCUCUGUAGGUGGCAAUGGUUUGAACGAAACUGCAAGUCUGAAACUUGGCGCUCUGAUGCAGGAUGUUGCUGGACAAACUGUUUUCAGGUGCUUUGUAUCAGUGACACUGAGUCUUUGUUCUUUCUGUUGCGAGCAGGAACAUCGAAUUGGCAUUUCUUUCACAAUAAGAGGUGGAUGAUGCCAGAACAUGUAGACAUUCACAGGAACAUCUUUUAAAUUAGUUUGGUUGAUUUUAUUGCCAUUGCAACCUGAUUCUGUUUAUACUGUGCUGAGGCUGUAGGAUCCACCCACAUUCACAGAGGUGACGCAUUGGCCUGUCCGAUGUGUCUUCAUUUAGGGGAAAACACAUCCUGUUAUUUCAACAGUUUUAUUGUUUUAUUCUUUCUUCCCAAGGAAACAAGUUCUCCUGUCUCUCUCAAGGAAGGAGCACUGACCAUCUACUGUGUACAUAACUGUAGCUUUAGUUUCAACAGAAGACUUUGUAAAUAUUUGUUUGGUUUUAUUUCCUAUUAUAAUAUUGAUUUUUUUUUUUCUUUUUUAUCUAAUGGGAUUUUAGAUCGGUUUUAUGUGAAUACUUGUUUAAUUUUGCUUGGUUUUGAUACAUCGUCUGUGAGAGAAUUUUAUGUCAGUUCAUGUAAAAUUAAUAAGAACAAUGGUUUAUUUUUUGUUUUCUGUGUGUGCAAGAUGCUGCAAUGAGAUAAUAAAAGGACUCAUAAAAUA